AUAUAAAAAGGAAGACUUUGACACUCACAUGUAUGUCGCCGUCAUGUUAUAUCACUACUUUCCAGUAAAAGGUAACUGGUUUUAGCUGGUUAAGUCUUCAUGUUAGUUCACACUAGACACGGAACCGCAGACAGCCUGCUUCACUUGUCAUCCGGGACCUUUACAAGUUUGCAGAGUGUUUGUAGCCAUGCAGGUGGUGAUCCGACAGUACCGUCCCUCAGAUAAGGACCCAGUGCUGAACCUGUUCAGCAUCGGCAUUAAGGAGCAUAUCGGUCCUUGUUUUUACAACGCCAUGACCAGUCCUCUCUACCUCGUCAUCACCAUGGCUCUGUGUGUGGCUGGUUAUCUCCUCGGCUCCCUUUUAGGAGCUGUGGUCUUACCAGGAGUGUGGGCAGGUAGCGUGUACUACAGCUGUCAUGAGAUCUAUUCUGGCUACGUCAGGAGGAGAAUCCAGACAGAGAUGCAGGACAUCCCUGGGAACUUUCUGAGCAGACCGGAUGACUGUUUCUGGGUGGCUGAAGUGGAGGUUGAUGGUAGGCCCCAGAUAUUAGGGAUGGUGGCCGUAGUGGCCCAACAAAAUGGUCAAGAAAGAUUUGGGGAACUGUUCAGAAUGAUCAUCUCACCAACUUGCCGACGGAUCGGCCUGGGUCUCCGUUUGACUCAAACUGUUCUGGACCAUGGUAAGGAGCGAGGCUUUUCCAAAGUGGUCCUGGAGACCAGCUGCACCCAGAGGGCAGCUGUGGCCCUGUACGAGAAAGCAGGCUUCAACCUCAUUGUCACACAUACAAAAUCAGAGGCUGCCCAUUGGAUGGUAACACUGGCCAGAGUCACUAUUUUAAAAAUGGAAAAAUACAUGUAGGCCUGAAGUAAUCCGAACAGUACAUUGUGACAAUGCUGCAUUGGGCUGUAACUUGGGAAAAUACCUUCUCAGGUCAUCUGUAACCUGCCAUAUUUUUAAUAGUAAACAACCUAAACACAUUAUGUAAUGCAUUGCCUUGUGUUUUCUAAUAAAACAUUACAUAUUAUAGUGGUUACUGUAACUGUAGAUGGUGCAUCUUGGAUA